CACACAGCAGACUCAGACGUUGUCACGAUCAAAUGGUACCCCUGGAAACAACAAUAAAAACUGUGUACGUAGCUAGCUAGCUAACCUGCAAGAAAUACAAUACGAGUAAAAGACAAAAAGACGCCCAGUCGCUCGGCCGUUGCUAGAGACUCCAAGAGUGGAACCAUGGAUGUGGUGCGGUUAUUUACAAACCUACUAGCAGUGCACAGACAGCAGCUACAGGCUCUGGCUGUACAGGGGGAGAUCCAGACCGAGGCUCUGGCACAGUUACUGGAGAAGGAGGAGCUCAGGAGAAUGGAGCCAGAUGUGAAGCUGGAGGAGGUGAAGGAUCCUGAGGCCUACCUGCUGCUUUUGGAGGAGGCAGACUCCAACUCCAGGCUUUCUAAUGUGAAGUGGGGGCUCCUUGGCGGGGAGUGCCUCAGGUCAGGAGAGCCAAACUACGAGACACUGAGGGCUAGCCUGCAAAGCCAAGUCAGGGCAGAAGAGAGCCGACGGCAGGAGGACUUCAGCUAUCUGAGGUACGACCCUGAGAGAGGGCCCAGGGAGUUGGGGCAGGGACUGGAAAGUGCUGCCCAGCACUGGCUUCGGCCUGAGAGGAGAACGGCUGCGGAGGUGGUGAGGUGUGUGGCCCUGCAGAGGUUUGUGUCACUCCUGCCCACACACGUUGGAGACUGUGUGCUGAAACAGUGCCCCCAGGACAUGGAGGAGGCUAUCUACAUGGCUGAGGAGUACCUGAACAACACACCUGGGGAUAAGUGCAGUGAGAUGGACAACCACACUGAUGGAGAGGGAUACCCUGCAGACCAACUGAGAGAGGAAGAAGCAGGACCUGCAGAACAUCAAGUUAACAGUGAGAAGAUGAAAGUCACAGGACCAGGGUUGUUGCUGAAGAGGAUAGAAUUUUCUAAAGUCUGUCAGUCCAGUACUUUCAAUAUAGAUGCCAGACAUCUGGAGGACAUUUACAGUGAGGAGAGGAGACUUGAUGGAGAAGAUGAUUUGGUUGAGGAAGACAAUUUUUCUGAACAUGAGGACUGGAUUAAGGAGGAGAUAAAAUACAAUAACCAGGCUGAGGAUGAGAUCAGGUCAGCCUCUGAGAUGGGACAGUCUACUGAUGUGGAUAGAAAUACUGAGAAUGUUGAGAGAAGUCAGUUUAGAAACAUAGCAAAUCAGAUGCCCGUCUUUGGAAGGGCCAAGAGAGGUGUAUCUGCUCCUGUCAUCUCCUCGUCCAGCCCUAACACUGCCGAGAAAGAGGGAGGAACACCCUGCUGCCUGAAGCGGAAAAACAAAGAAGAUCCCUUCCAUAGACCAAGCCACUGCUGUCAUGACUGUGGUAAGAGCUACAAACGGGCUGCUUUUCUCAGCAAACACAGUUGCAGUGCCUUCCCUAAGUUCAUCUGUCCUGACUGUGCCCAAGUCUUUGCCUCUCAGAAAUGUCUGACCCACCACCGCAGGAGCCAUAAUAAGGCUCUAGGCUGCUCGGAGUGUGGAAAGCAGUUUAGGGACAAGUAUAAUCUGAAAUGUCACAUGAGGACCCACACAGGUGAGUCCCCUUAUACCUGUACAGACUGCGGGGAUGUCUUUGCUCAGCUGAAAGGGCUGCAGGAGCACAGGAACAUCCACACAGAAGAAAGGCCAUUCCGCUGCAGUGUGUGUGGGGAGAGCUUCCACCACAGCCACACCCUAACAAAACAUAAGCUUCUUCACUCCCAGGAGUCUUUCCUCUGUACUCGCUGUGGAAAGAGUUUUAAACUAAAUGACGACUUGCUAAGGCAUCUGAGGACGGUGCAUGAUGAAAGCAUGUACCUCAAUGGAGAUCAGAGUUUUCAUAAGAAUGGAGACAUUUCACCUAGGCCCUAUUGGAAUUGACUCUAUUUAAAAAAGUCCCCACUUAAAAUGUUCAACAUACUUCUUAUUAUUGGUGAGAGUUGCGACGCAAACGUCCCAGUUUAAAUCUUCGUCAUAAUAAUUCUUAUUAGUGGGGCUUGCGAAGCAUUCUCUUACAUUGUUUAAGCUAGAAACAUCAUUCAAACUUUUAAAACGUGCAGAACAGUCAGGACCAGUGUGCUUGCAUUCAACUUUUUGAUAUAUUUUAUAAUUUUUAAACUAUUAAGUUUUUGUCCCUUUUCACUUUCAUGUGAGUUCUUGAACAUUCUAAAUGUCCCAUUGUGACAUCAACUCCCAGACUUCCAGCAUUCCAUUUACUGUCAACAAAGAAACUUUUGACACAAACCUGAUACCACUUUCUCAACCAUUUUGACAAAAAGUUAGAGCAUAUGAAAUCUUCCUCUACUUUGCUAUUCAAAUCUGAAAUUGGAACAAAAAUAUCAUACCGAUCAAACAAUACAGCUGUUUUACUAACUACAUCAAUGACAUUUCUAUUAACUUUUUAUAAACAAACUAAAUUUGGACCACUUUCCCAAUCAGUUAGACAAAAAAUUAGAGCGUAUGAGAUCUUUGUCUACUUCUUUGGUAUUCAAAUCUGGAAUGAGAUCAAAUGAUUUACUACUAAUCAAAAGUUACAGCUGUCUGAGUUUAGUGUGAUGAAAAGCAGCCAGCUAACAGCUCUCUGUUUCGUCAUUGAGCAGCCCAAACAGCCAUUGCAAUGGAAACUUGCAAAAACGUAAAGGUUUUGACAUCUGGUCUACAUCUCUGCUAUUCACAUUUGGAAUCGAAACAUAAUUAUCUUCUACCAAUCAAAAGUUACAGUUGUUUGUCUGAGUUGAGUGACGAAAAGUAACUAGUUAACGCCAACUAACAGCUGUCUCAUGCCACGUCAAAUUGUAUAUGCAGGGCUCCCUUGUGAAAGAGACCCUGGGGUCAUUGGGGACUCCCUAAAGGUAAAAUUUUUAAAAAUGUAGCAGACCAAAAGGAGCCAUUGCUAUGGAUACUCACAAAAACGUAGAGAGUAUAACAUCUUGGACUCAGCUAUUUAAAUCUGGAAUCAGAACAGAACGAUCAAUCAAUAGUUACUGAGUUACUGCAGUUUGUCAGAGUUUAGUGACAAAGUAGCUAGCUAACGUCAGCUAAAAGCUCUCUCAGCCCAAACAGCCGUUGCUAUGGAUACCACUGCAUUUCAAUGGCUGAAAAAGGGCCAUAGACUACAAUGAAAAAAAUAUAUCCUCUUUCACUGUUUAAGCUAUCAACAUCAAAAGCAACGAUGAGAUGUUCAGUCUGACCAUACUUAGAUUGCUUGUCAAAAGAUUUUUUAUACUAUAUACAUACUUUUUUUUUUUACUAUAACCAUUAAAUGUGCAUAAAUUACAUGGGUUUUAAUGAGAACCAUAGGAAUACAGAGGUAGAUAUUCAAAAUGGUUUAGCUUCUGGCCAAUUAAGCUACAAGACCAGCUUUAAAACAGUCAGGCUAUCCUAACUUCAAAUUAUUUGAAAUGUCUAACUACAUACAUUUUUAUUCAUUUGCAUAAAAUAACUAUUGAACCAUUCAAGCUAGAGAGAACAACCAACUUUCGCAUGUUCAGGCUAUCCUAAAUUUUAAAUAUUUGUAACUAUAUACAUUUGCAUAAAAUAACCCACCAACAGUAAUUCUUGAACCGUUCAAGCUAGAGACAUCUUUUGCUAUGGAUACUCACAAACGCAGAGAAGCACAUGGGGCAGCGCAGGGAGCAAAGGACAGACAGAGACAAUUCUGCUAUGGAUACUAGCGGAGAAAGUUAUUGUAUUUCUAAUUUCGGGUUGAGCAAUCGGGCUAGGGUAGGGUAGGGCCUGAAUGUCGAAGCCAUGGGUAGGUUUCUGCUUUUUUUUCUUUCAAACUUCUAACCACUUUCCCAUCAGGCUAGACAGAAACUUAGUGUAUGACAUCUUCCUCUACACUGCUAUUCUAAUAUGUUCCCAGACUCCGCCAAUAACAUCGAGUUAAGCACCGCCGUCACUAGCUUCAUAAGGAAAUGCAUAGGUGACGUUGUCCCCACGGUGAAUAUUCUUCCUCAAUCAAAGCCCUGGAUUAACACUGAGGUUGGUGCUAUACUAAAGGACAGGGCUACCACACACAGGGCUAUUGCAGACAACCCUGAGGCUACGGCUAAGGACAGGAACAAGUUCAAGUCCCGCAAUGAUCUAGUAAUAAGGUGGAAUCAUACUACACAGGCUCCGAAGUCCCACCGCAGGUGGCAGGGGCUACAGCCGUGAUCUGCCCAACAAUGCCUCUCUUGCAGAAAACUCCAUGGAUUUGAUGCAUGCUUUGACAACACUGUGCUUGAGGGUCCUCACCAACCCAGAGGACUGGGUGAUCUUGUUCUCCGAGGCUUACGUGAGGAAGGUCUUUAUUCAGGUCAACACUCACAGGGCUACGGGCCUGUUCCCAGAGCAUGCACAGAUCAGCUUGCAGGCAUAUUCACUGUAAUUUUCAACCUCUCCUUGUCCCAGUCUGUAAUCCCCACAUGUCUUCAGAUAACUACCAUUAUUCCUGUUUCCAAGAACUCUUAAAGCUUAAUGCCAAAAUGACUACCGCCCUAUAGCACUCACAUCUGUAA